AUUUCAGAACACAAUGUAGAGAGAAAGUGAUUAGGAGUUGAUAACAUCAUCGGAUUUGGUUCUUAGGAAUUGAGGGUGUUGCGCACGUUUGCGUUGCAUAGUUUUUUCAUUUUUGAUUUUGGAUGGAUAAAGGUAAAGGUGCCAAAGCAUUAGCGACCUCUUUGGAAAACCUCGAUUUGAAUCCCCCAUCCAACGUCAAAUCCAAGUCUUCCAUUGCCCACCCUCAAUUUCCCGGAUUUCUAUCUAAGAAGACAAAGCCUUCAAGUUUAGUCAGCCUUUGCGUGGGAGUUAUUGGAAGGCAUCUGGAGGAUAUUAUUGUAGAUUUGAGUGAGAUUGCUGUCAACUUGCCAGCUGAUAUAAAGAUAGUGGUGGCAGCUAUUGCUAGAAGAAGAAAAUUGCUGAAUGAUGAUGUCCUGAUCGCAUUGGCUGAUACUUCUUGGGAAAUCCUCGAUAUCUCUGGCUCAGAUGUCUCUGAUUCUGGCUUGAUAAAAGCAGCUGAAGUAUGUAGAUUCAUUAAAGCUCUGGAUAUAAGCCGAUGCACCAAAAUUACUGCUAGUGGUAUAGCUGAGCUUGUGAAGCACUGCCAUUUGUUGGAGACAUUGAGAUGCGGAGGGUGUCCAAGGAGUGACAACACUGCACGGAGGUGCUUGGGUAUAUUUAAACCAAGAUUUGAUGAUUAUGUGGAGGAGGAUUCCUGGGAGGAGCUGGAUACGAAAGAAAUUGCUAGUGGUGCACACUCACUCCGGUGGCUAGUAUGGCCAAACAUUGAUAAAAUUUCUUUGGAGGACUUUUCUACUGAGUGCCCACGUGUUGUUGUAAAUCCUAAGUCAUCACCCUUUGGGUUCAUGGUAACUGAGGUUCCGAGGGAAGCAUUGCAAAACAUCAUAUUGGACAACGAAGUUGUCAAGGAUAUUGAUCCCAGAACAUGGACAGUGCAUCAUAGGUUUGCUUUGAAACCCAUCACUCAAUCUUCUUCAGACUCCACCGAAUUAUCAGUAGCUGAAAAAUUCAGACUUGCAUUUGUGGAAAGGGACAACCGAUUAGCUCCAAAGAGAGCUAAAAAUGCUCGGCAACAUCAGCGUCGUGCAGUGCGGGAAUUGAUGCUGAUGAGCACGAGAGCCAAGGCAAUGGUCUUAGCCUCACAAGUAAGCAAGUCUCUUCACGGUCGAAGCUCAUAGAAUUCUUACAUCACAUGCAUUUUUCAGCUCCCCAAGAUGUACUAAUUACUUAUGUGUAUAGUAAGAAGCUUUGGUCAGACAGAUUUUGAAUCUUAUGAUAUUUCCUAUUACAAUUCUGAAUGAUCGGAGCUUUCAUUUUUGUGCCUUGUUUGAGGUUCUCAUCAAGUGAAAAAUUGCUAAGAUGCACUUCC